CGAACCCUAACAAGGAAGAUGAAGGAGAAGCGGCAAUCUCUGCAUUCGUAGAACCUUCUCGAACCAUCAGGUACUGAUAAAACCUAAUCCUCGUUAAAUUGGAAUCAUUUAAUACUCUUCCUUGAAUCUUCAUUCAUUGUCUUCCCAACAAUGGCGGCUGAACCCGAUGUAAACGAUGGUCUCGCGAAACUCGAGUACCUCUCUCUCGUCUCCAAGGUCUGCAACGAGCUGGAGACACAUCUAGGGUUUGCAGACAAGAUUCUGGCGGAGUUCAUCACCGAAAUGGGCCGUCACUGCGAGACGGUUGAUGAAUUUGAUGCUAAGCUGAAGGAGAAUGGUGCCGAGAUGCCUGAUUACUUUGUUAGAACCUUGCUUACCAUUAUCCAUGCGAUUCUUCCGCCCAAUCCUAAGGGAGAUAAGGACUCGAAGAAGGAGCAGGGGGCAGGUGAUGGAAAGAAAGCUAAGUUUAAAGCGCUUGCAAUUGCGGAUGAUAGGGAGAGAGCGAAGCAACUUGAGGAGGAAAUCGAGAUGGAGUCCCGAGGUUGGCGGCGGGAAGAAGAAGAUAGGCGUGGAGAGGGGGAGAGAGAUAGAGACAGAGGCAGACAGCGUCGAGAAGAUGAUAGGCACGGAGACAGGCAUAGGGACAGAGACAGGCGGGAUAGAGAUAGGGAUCGGGACAGGGAUAGGGAUAGGAACAGAGAUAGGGAUAGAGACAGGUACGGGGAUAGGUAUCAUGAGGAGGAAGUUGAUGAUGAUCGGAGGGAUCAUAGGAGUAGGGGCAGGAACAGAGACAGGGGUGAUAGGGAAGAUGGUGAAGAGGGAGAAAGGAGGACCAACAGGCGGUACCUCGGUGACAGCGAACUUGAAUUGUAUAAGGUCUACAAGGGAAGGAUUUCAAAAGUGAUGGACUCGGGUUGUUUUGUGCAGUUGAACGAUUUUAGGGGCAAGGAAGGUCUGGUUCAUGUUUCACAGAUUGCCAGUAGGAGGAUUGCUAGUGCAAAAGAUGUGGUGAAGCGGGAUCAGGAGGUUUAUGUCAAGGUCAUUUCUGUUUCUGGUCAGAAGUUGAGUCUAUCAAUGAGGGAUGUUGAUCAGGAUACUGGUAAGGACUUGCUACCUUUGAAAAAGAGUUCAGAUGAUGAUACUUUUAGGACCAAUCCUUCAGGAGGAAAGGAUGGACCUGUAACUAGGACUGGUCUUUCGGGGAUUCGUAUUGUGGAAGAGGAGGACGCCAUUCCAUCGCGUAGGCCAUUGAAGAGGAUGAGUUCACCUGAGAGAUGGGAGGCAAAACAGUUGAUUGCAUCUGGUGUUUUGAGGGUGGAUGAGUAUCCUACUUAUGAUGAGGAAGGGGAUGGAGUACUUUAUCAAGAAGAGGGUGCUGAGGAGGAGCUUGAGAUUGAGAUGAAUGAAGAUGAACCAGCUUUUCUGCAAGGACAGACAAGGUACUCCGUGGAUAUGUCACCAGUGAAGAUAUUCAAAAAUCCAGAAGGUUCCUUGAGUCGUGCAGCUGCUCUGCAGUCUGCCCUUAUCAAGGAACGGAGAGAAGUACGAGAACAGCAGCAACGAACUAUGUUGGAUUCAAUUCCAAAGGAUCUUAAUCGUCCUUGGGAAGACCCAAUGCCAGAGACAGGUGAGAGGCAUCUGGCACAAGAGCUUAGAGGUGUUGGAUUGUCUGCUUAUGAUAUGCCUGAAUGGAAGAAGGAUGCUUUUGGAAAAGCUCUAACUUUUGGGCAGAGGUCAAAGCUCUCAAUCCAGGAGCAGAGGCAGAGCCUGCCAAUUUACAAAUUGAAAAAGGAACUGAUUCAGGCCGUACACGACAAUCAAGUUCUGGUUGUCAUUGGUGAGACUGGCUCAGGUAAAACAACCCAGGUAACACAGUAUCUAGCAGAGGCAGGCUACACUACAAGGGGCAAGAUUGGAUGUACUCAACCAAGGAGAGUUGCUGCAAUGUCUGUGGCCAAGAGGGUAGCUGAGGAGUUUGGUUGUCGGUUAGGAGAGGAAGUUGGGUAUGCCAUUCGUUUUGAAAAUUGUACUGGACCAGACACUGUGAUCAAGUAUAUGACUGAUGGUAUGCUUCUUAUGGAGAUUCUUACUGAUGAGAACCUUUCUCAGUACUCAGUGGUUAUGCUUGAUGAAGCACAUGAGCGGACAAUCCACACCGAUGUUCUAUUUGGGCUAUUGAAACAGCUUGUGAAACGGAGACCUGAUCUUCGUUUGAUUGUUACAUCUGCCACAUUGGAUGCAGAGAAGUUUUCAGGCUACUUCUUCAACUGUAAUAUUUUCACAAUCCCGGGGAGAACCUUUCCUGUGGAGAUACUUUACACUAAACAGCCGGAAAGUGACUAUUUGGAUGCUGCUUUGAUAACAGUCCUCCAGAUACACUUGACUGAACCUGAAGGUGACGUUCUUCUCUUCUUGACUGGUCAGGAGGAAAUUGAUUUUGCAUGCCAAUCUCUUUAUGAGCGUAUGAAGGGGUUAGGUAAAAAUGUACCUGAGUUGAUUAUUUUACCAGUUUAUAGUGCCCUCCCCAGUGAGAUGCAGUCUAGGAUUUUUGAUCCUGCUCCUCCAGGGAAGAGGAAGGUGGUGGUGGCAACCAAUAUUGCCGAGGCUUCUUUGACAAUUGACGGAAUAUUCUAUGUGGUUGAUCCUGGGUUUGCUAAGCAAAAUGUUUAUAAUCCAAAGCAAGGGCUUGAUUCUUUGGUUAUAACUCCAAUUUCACAAGCAUCAGCCAAGCAACGUGCUGGGCGUGCAGGACGUACAGGGCCUGGAAAGUGUUACCGCCUGUACACUGAAAGUGCAUAUCGAAAUGAGAUGUCACCUACCACCAUUCCAGAAAUUCAAAGAAUCAAUCUUGGAUUAACAACACUUACUAUGAAGGCUAUGGGAAUCAAUGAUCUCCUUUCUUUUGAUUUUAUGGAUCCACCCUCACCCCAAGCACUCAUUUCUGCCAUGGAACAGCUGUACAGUCUAGGAGCUCUUGAUGAGGAGGGGCUUCUAACCAAAUUGGGUAGGAAAAUGGCAGAAUUUCCUCUUGACCCUCCACUGUCAAAGAUGUUACUGGCUAGUGUAGACCUUGGUUGUAGUGAUGAGAUUUUGACAAUCAUAGCCAUGAUCCAAACUGGAAACAUCUUCUACAGGCCUAGGGAAAAACAAGCUCAAGCUGAUCAGAAGAGAGCCAAGUUUUUCCAGCCGGAGGGAGACCACUUGACUCUGCUGGCUGUUUAUGAAGCCUGGAAAGCUAAGAACUUUUCAGGUCCUUGGUGUUUUGAAAAUUUUGUUCAGUCUCGAUCCUUGAGGAGGGCUCAAGAUGUCAGAAAACAACUUCUCAGCAUCAUGGACAAGUACAAAUUGGAUGUGGUAAGUGCAGGAAAGAAUUUUACAAAGAUAAGGAAGGCUAUUACUGCAGGAUUCUUUUUCCAUGCUGCAAGGAAGGACCCACAAGAAGGAUAUAGGACUCUGGUUGAGAACCAGCCUGUUUACAUUCACCCAAGUAGUGCGCUUUUUCAGAGACAACCAGACUGGGUGAUCUACCAUGAGCUGGUGAUGACAACAAAGGAAUACAUGCGUGAAGUAACAGUGAUUGACCCAAAGUGGCUUGUUGAACUGGCUCCAAGAUUCUUCAAAGUGGCAGAUCCCACGAAAAUGAGCAAGCGCAAACGUCAAGAACGUAUUGAACCUCUCUAUGAUAGAUAUCAUGAACCUAAUUCUUGGCGUCUGAGUAAGCGACGAGCUUGAUUUGUCAGUAUUGGUAUUUAGUUGGUUGCAAAUCUCUGUGUCUCCCACAGUUUUGGAAUUGCUCAUUAGCGCUUAUUGUAUGAUUUGGUUGUUGGUGGCAAGUUAAUAGCUCUUAAACCGAGUUUAAUUGGAGUACAGCUUCAGCGCAUGAACAACCUGUGAGCAGGGAGGGACCAACAUAACCAUAAACAUACAUGCAGUUGGAUCCAUCCACCAAAAAGAAACAAAGCUUGAAUGAAAACACUUCUUAGAGUGAGUGCGCUUUAGAACAACAUUAUCUCCAUUUAAAUAUUGGUUAUCUCUAGAUUGAAAUUUACCUUUGUCAUUCAUCCAGGAGAACCGUGCUAAGUUUUGAGUGCCUAUAAUAUUCUAGCCUUUUGUGUUUGUUAGUAAUCUUCGUGUUACUUGAAAAGUAGUGUGCCUGUUGCAUCCUGUAACGUGUCAAGUUGAUCAUCUAGUCAAGAAUAUUUGGUUGAAACUAUUCCACAGCCAUGGUUAACUAAGUGGUCAUUCCAUUUUCCCUAAAAAGCGGGCAAGGUACCUUUGUUUACGAUAGAUCCAAGUAUGAAAGUCUUUCUUUUCUUAAAACGUUAUUCGGAAACACUUUACUUUGAAAUACGGUAAUUAUCUGAAUUAGAAUAAUUGCAAUGUAUCCUA